AUGGCUCUUGUCGACUACUCCUCGUCGUCAUCAUCAGGGGGUUCCGAUAGCGAAGAUUCAGAGGCGCUGUCGGCACCACCGGCCAAACGGCGAAGGCGGGAUGACUCCCGGGUCCAGCCCAGCCCUCCGAGCGCUCCGUCAAGGUCCGAGUCCAGGCUGCCACCCCUGCCUCCAGCAUUCCAUGAUCUGUAUGCGUCCACUGUUCGUCACAGUGUUGUAGAUGACCCAGCACUGCAUCAGGGCCGCAAGAGGCUGAUUCCUCAUGUUGUGGGCAACUGGCCCAGUCAUCUCUACAUCGAGUGGCACCCAUUGGCUAAGCAACAGGAGAAGCUGGUUCAGUUGAUUAGCAGCGUUAGCGAGGGCAUUGACAGUCAAAUCAAGCUGCACAGCUUCAUGACAAGCGAUUUGGGGGCACCCUUGCCGCUCCACAUAAGCUUGUCGAGGCCCAUUUCCCUAACCACCUCUAACAAGGACCAGUUCCUUGACCAGAUCUCAUCUGCCAUCGACACAAGCAGCGUGCACCAGUUUUCAGUCAGCCCUAAAAGACUGAUAUGGUUUAAAUCACCGGAUUCAAACCGCACAUUUCUUGUUCUCCAGGUAGCAAGCUCUUUAACCCCAGAGAGCGCUACAGCGUCGUCGAAUCCAGAGCUUAUGCGCUUGUUGAACAUUUGCAACGACACAGUCAAGUCGUUCAGUCAGCCUCUUCUGUACCAGGGCCCGGGAAAAGACUCAGCCGACGAAGCAUUUCAUAUUUCGAUCGGAUGGGCUCUGAAUCUCCAAGUAGAUGAAGCAUCUAACAAAGCUCUAAAAGUGUUUGACAAUGCCGACUUUCGGUCACUUAAAUCAUGGAAAAUUCUGGUGCGUGGAGUCAAGGUAAAGAUUGGUAACGUUGUAAGCCAUCUGCCAUUAUCUACGGGUACAACUUCAGCCUCAACAGCCUCAAAGGGUGCAUCAAGCUCGCUGUUUGGGUUAUGA